ACCACCGGACCUCCCUACCGCAGCGCACGUAAACUAUAACAGCAAAUAUAUUUAAGUGUUUAAAUCUGUAUUUCUGCACGCUGUGGAAAUGGAUGACCAACUUCCCAAACAAGGCUUCAGCAUGACCCGAGUGCUGAACAGGCUGGCAGGGGAGGUCGGCUCUCGUCAGUGGAAGAAAAUCGCCAGAGAGAUCGGACUGACGGAUGCCGAAAUUGAUGCCAUUGAGGAUUGCGAGCGUACGAACCUGCACGAGAAGGCGUACCAGACGUUCCGCCGCUGGAGGAUGAAGAACGGCCGGCGGGCCACUCUGGACGCCCUGGCCGGACACCUGAGGGCCAUCAACAUGGCGGCUUUGGCAGACAAGCUGGAGGACAUCCAGAACCAAAAUGGAUUUCCUAAUCCGGUUGGAAAGCCACCCAAAUAGGCACUUUGGAGUCUGGACGUCGACUCUAUCCCUUUAUAUUUAG